CCAAAUAUUCACAAGUUUAUGGAAUAAAACGUGUCUUUACAUAAUGUAUCAAUAUUGAUAUACUUAAUCUAUUUUCAACCACAACCACAUAGAUUUUAACAGGUUAUAAUAUUUCAAUGUUUUUGGCACGUAUCAAAAUUACAAGUUAAAGUGCAUAAUGAACUUUCGCAGACAAAGAACUCGUUCAAGACGGAGCUCACUUAACGCAAUGAUAAACACAGAGAAAUGGAGAAGUUUCCCCAAAAGGAUGUCACACGCCGAUAACGAUUUACUAGAAGAGGAUUCAACUGACGAAGAUAGUCCAAAAACAGCUAACCUUAGUGAUCUGACGCAAGAGUUUUUCGGUCGUGAAAGCAUUUCAGAAGAACAAAUAGACCAAGACGUUGAAGUACGACUGUCGAGAAAACAGACGCUGAUUCUUGCCACCAUGGUACCUGAUGAAAUACUUCUAUUGGAAAAUUUCGAUGAAAAACGUGAGCCCAAACGAUUUGUUGGAGUACUCUUGAUGGCCGAUGUUUCUGGAUAUACCGCGCUAUCUGAACGUUACACCAACUCUGGUAAAGGGGGCACGUACCGACUAACUGUUACUUUGAAUACGUACCUUGGUUCAUUGAUUGAAAUAAUAUACAGCCACGGUGGUGAUAUAAUAAAGUUUGCAGGCGACGCUUUCCUUGCACUGUGGAAGACUGACAAACGAUCAUACCUUAGUCAUACAAUACACACGGCCAUAGCAUGUGCCUUGAUAAUUCAACAUUCUUUUGGCUCGUACGAAACGGACGUUAAGGUGAAUUUGAAAGUAAAAUUGGCAAUAUCAGCAGGAAAUCUAUUGUUCGCACCAAUUGGUAAAGGUAUAGACAUGAAUUAUAUUAUAUUUGGUCUACCUGUCCUUGAAGCGAAGACAGCAGAAAGUCUUUGUCUUUCUGGAGAAGUGAAAUUGACACCCACUGCUUGGGGUCAUUGCUAUUCAAGAAACUACGACUACGUCAUCCAUGAUGAUGGUCACGUCACGAUUAAAUCAAUUCUUUACGAUCCACGGGAGAAAGAUGUAACAAAACCGUUUUUAGGCUUCAGUGGUAUGCUCAGACAAAUAAAAAAGCCAUUGAUCGGUAUUGAAAAUUUGCCAGAGAAUUUAUUAGACGUUACGACAACAAAAAUUGGUUGGGAAUCACUAAAAACAAAUGAAGCAUUGAAUGUACGAAAAACUAUUUUAAUCGCUGAGGAAAGAAAUAUUGGUUCGGAAAUACGAAAGUUUAUGAUCAGACCGGUGCUUACACAAAUCGACGCCCAUCAGCCUUUAGAAUAUUUAACAGAAAUGAGACACGUAUCUGUACUAUUCAUUACACUUAAACCUCGUAAUUGUCCAUUUCCACAGCUGAUUACUAUCGUUAACAAUUCUUAUCAAAUAACAUGUGAAAUUGUAUACAAAUCCAUGGGCUGCGUUAAUAAAAUCAUUCUAUUCGAUAAAGAUAUUAUGAUCCUUGUUGUAUUUGGCCUUCGAGGAUUCAAACAUGAAUCUGAAGCUCAAGCUGCCUUGAAAUGUGCCUCUGGAAUUAAGAAGUCACUAUCAGCUCUGGAUGGUGUUCUCGAAGUGUCGAUCGGCGUCACCACUGGACAGGUAUACUGCGGAGUAAUUGGACACCCACUAAGACGAGAAUUUACUAUUAUUGGGGCAGUUGUAAAUAAAGCCGCAAGAUUUAUGUGUUAUUUUCGAAAUAAAAUAACUUGCGACGAAACUACGUUUGUUAAAAGUAAAAUGUCUAGCAACGGGUUUACGCUUCAACCGGCCGCGGAAUUAAAAGGCAUCAACCAUCCUGGAAAGAUUUUUGAAUACACUGAAGAAAUAAGAGUUAAAGAAUUAUACGAUAUACCAGUGCUACCUCCGCUUUUGAACCGCAGUGAUGAAUUCGAAUAUUUUCAAAAUUGGAUCGAUAACAGUCAUUUAUCGUUUAGGGAUUUUGAUGCACUCUUAUUUAUAGGAGAAUAUUGCUCUGGAAAAACUAGACUGUUAGAAUGGCUCACACGAUAUGUCAGAAAUAAAGGAUUACGAACAUGCUAUCUAAGUCUUUCAUCUAUUCACUCUGCGACACCAUAUUUAGCAUUAGGACAAAUCGUUAAUGAAAUGUUAGGAUUAAAAGAACCCAUUACAGGUUUUUCAAAAGAAGAGAAAAUAGUGCAAAUGCUGAAUUCUUAUAAUUCUGAUUUAUGUUAUUUAAACAAUAUUAUAAAAGUUCGUUUCGCUUACCAUGAGGGAAUUUACACUCAAGAUGAAAACGUACGUAAGGAAAAAGCCAAAACUAUCUUUAUGAAACUUAUUAGAUCAUUUCCUGAACCUCAUGUUAUAUUUUUAGACGAUUUGCAGAAUCUAGAUGCUUCUUCGUGGGAGUUUAUUUCAAUAAUAUUAGAUGCGCCUAAGAUUUACACCGUACUGACGAUUACGCGUGGAAAGUUCAAUAGUAUACAAAACUGGAUUUAUAAUGUUCUCAUUAACAGCAGUAUAAGAAAGAUUGUCUUAGGACCAUUGUCCUCUCAAUGGAUACCAGCACUGGCUUGCCAAAUACUUGAUGUAGAAGCUGUUCCCAAGGACUUAUGCGACACACUCAAAACUAAAUGUAAGGGUCUGCCAGGUCUCGUCGAAAGUUUCAUAGUGAAUUUAUUUUCAAAUGGUGCCUUAGAAACCAAAAGAGUACAAAAACUUGAAUUAGAUAAUUUUAAAAACGAAGAUCUUCAAUUUCCCGACGCUGAGUUACUACGCCUCCAAGCAGUUAGUGUAGACGAUCAAAAGGCUUUAGACCAAUUCAUUGCUGAUAAUUCUACCGAGGAUAUUGCAGUGUGUAUUGUUACUAAAAAGGAACAACUAAAUACUGACAUCAACGAACAAAACGUUGAUGCUAUAAUAAUGGUACAAAUAGACUCUUUAACUCCGUAUCAACAAUUGUUGUUAAAAAUUGCUUCUGUAAUAGGCAACGUACUAUCGAGAACUCUUUUGGAAAAUAUUAUGUAUGAAAAUAAUCCAUUAACCACAGCAAAGGCGAUAAAAAGAUUAUUUGCUAUGCGUAUAUUAACUUGUGCAAACAUAAGGUACCGUCUAAAUCGAAGAGUAACUAAUGCAACAUCUGUAACGAGUGUUUCAAUCAAUGCAAACUUGUCUUGCGAUUGCUCUUUCGAUUAUGAUCCGGAAGAUUAUGAAAAUCUGCCAAAAUAUGCGUUUUGUAAAGUUAUGAAAUUUCGAAACAAGAAUUCAAGAAAAACGUGCUAUGAACUUUUACCAAUGAAUCAAAAAAAAGAAUUCCACUCUCGAAUCGUAAGUUACUUAGAGAAGACAAAACAAAAGUGUCCUGAUUGUGGCGGAAUUAUAAUGAUAGUUCAGUCGGUCACGAAUGUUUCCAACCAUUCGUAUGAAACUCGAAGAUCCAGUAAUAAAAUUGAUCAAGCAAGAGACAGUGACACAAGUCUUCCUCAAAUUGGUGAAGAAAUAGAAGUAAGUAGCAUAGAUGUAAGUCAGAAUGUAUCUUCAAUGAAUAAUCGAAGUGCUAUAGAAAUUAGACGAACAAAAUCUGAUAGUAGUAGCAGACAAGCUUUAGAACCUAAAUCUACCUUAAGUGAUAAAAACACACGUUUAAGUUUAAAACAAACUGACAAACCUUCGACUAUUUUAAAAAAUAAAAAUGAACGCUUAGAUAUAAUUGACGGUAAUCGCAGGUCGAUGAAAAGAGUGACCAUGACAAGUUUACUUUCUAAAGAUAUUAGUUUUAAUGAAAUGAAUAAUUCGAAGAUAUUUGAUAUGCUACGGGCGGUCACUGAAGCCAGUACGAUAAGCGAGUGGCAUGAAUUAGGUGUUGUCGACAGCUGUGAUGAUGUUAACGAAAACGGUAAAGGAUAUUUUAAACUUAAAAUUGAAAGAGGUGUAUCGAAAACCCGUUUUGAAAAAUGUGCUUGUCUAGAAUUGAAUAUCACUAUUUAUGAACAACUUAUAAAUCAUGCUAGAGAGGCAGACUUAAAGGUGAAAAUGAUAGAAUUUUUAAUCAAUUAUAGCUACUUUAAUUUGCUGGCAAACAAUUUUGAGUGUAUUUACCCAAAGCUGGAUGAAGCGGAAGACAUCUGUUUUGAAAAAGUUAUUGAAAACAUGACUUCAUUCGACAAGCGAAGGUUUUUAGGAAGAAUACAUUCUCUGAGAGCGGCAGCCUUACUGAUGAGUGGAAAAUUAGCAGCUGCAAAAAUACACAUAGAGCGAGCGACUAAAAUCUAUGGUUUUAAUCUUGAUAAAGUGUCUGAUUUCUUCAAUAUUAGGAAUAUAAUAACAGCAACACCGUUCAAACGCAGUAAAUACUUGAAACAUAGUACGAUUUUGAAAUCUGAUUCCAUAUUUUGUCUAAAUGUUACAACCCUAUUGUUUUCCGCUUUAGGUGACGAUAAUAUUUCAAGAGUAUCUGCGCUUCGUGCUUUAAAUUUAACGCAAAAAGUAAAAUGUAACAUUAUCGAUUUAUGCGAUGCCUUCAGUAACGCUAUACAAGUGGAACUGGUUCGUGGAAACGCGGAAUUUACGAAAGAUAUAGAGCGAAUGGCAAUUCUUACUUUUAAGAAUCUGUCUCAGCCUAUCCAGGCGGAAGAAAUGUUUGCAAUUGGCAAGUUCUUCAUGGCAUCGUUUCGUGGAAGACUGGCACGAGGAAAACUCGCUGAAGCCAUUCGCUCAGGAUUUAGAUCGCUCGUCAUCAGCCGAUUUCUUCACGCUGACACUAUAUCACUGGAUAUGAUUCCUGACCUAUUCUAUAUUUUACUUUCGAGACGUCGCAUAGAGGAAGCUAUUGACAUACUCAAAUUGUCGUUUCAAUUCAGCUACAAACAAUCUACUACGGAAUGGGAAACAUGGUAUUACGCCCUUUGUAUUGACCUUAUUCUAGAUGCGGGUUUUCAAUUAGAAACACCAAAUGAGAUCAGUCGAUAUGCCGAGCAUGCUCUAAACACAGGGUUGCCAGCGGGGCUUAGCCGGCGCAGACUUAUAGUAGGUCUGUGGACGUAUUGGUUACGUGCAGAUGUCGAUCGUAAAGCGAAACGAUUCGAAGCAGAAGCUUUAAACUGGACCGCUUAUGAAGAAGAUGAUGGUUCACUAAAUACCCUAUUGAGCGCAAUGAGACUAGCAGAAGGCAUGCUUGAAAGCCUUGCGAGGAAAAUGGACGAUCUGCGAAAGGUUGUUGAUCUGAUGGAACUACGAUCUAUCGCCGAACGAGAAUUGACAAGACUCGAAAAAGAUGCCAGACUGAUGCGCGCUAUUUACCCAAGAUGGAUGUUAUUAAAAGGCAACUCCCUUUUUUUAUCUGGUCGACAGAAUGCGGCAAUGACAAUGUAUAAUCACGCAUUAGAAGAAUCGCUUCGCAUCAAUAGUCAUUUGGAAGAAGAGUUAGUACGUGCAGCCACGUCCAAUUCGAGAUUCUGGAUACAAAGUGCAAGAACUGGUAGUUUUAUGCAUUGGAGAGAAGGUAGCGAACACGCACGAUCGUCUUGGCAUCAUAUUAUGUACAGAAUAACAACUUCACGGUCUUAACAUUGUAAACUGAAAGCAA